AUGACGCUCUUGACCCUCUACCGCGCGGCCCAUGGCCACCUCAAGGUGCAGGGCGAGUUCAUCGUUCCGGCCCAGGAGCCCUGGCCGGCGAUCUAUCACGGCAAGGACCUCGCCAUGGUCUUGCGCAACCUGCGCCGCCACGCGUGCAACUACGAUGCAGAUCGCUUUGACGGGCUCGAGGAGCUUGGCUUCGUCUGGCGAAUGCCGCGCGGCAAUCACCAGAUUGUCACGUACUGGGCCAACGCAACAACCAAGUGGCUCGUCAAUGGCAUGCCUCUGACGUCGCUCGUGGCGCAGUUGAAGACGUACCACGAAGAGUCCCACAACUUGGACAUCCCGGCGGCGCUCACCGUCGAGAUGCAAGACGGCCAUCAGAGCACGUUCCACGUCGCUCUCGCGUACGCGCCGCGAUUGCUCCGCGCUCACUUUUACGAGCUCUCGGUCGCCGACGUGGACGUUCUGCACGGCCUCGGUCUCUUUCCCGAGCUUCCGCAGUGGGCUAUUGUCAAGGCUCUAUUCUCGCGGUACAAGGAGCGUCUCCACAGCGACGCGGUGCCGGUCAACUUCGAAGUGCCGGCCACGUGGGAGAACGUGUACCGCGGUAUCCGCCUUGGCGAGCUCGCCUGGUACCUUUAUCUCAAGUUCUCAGAGCUGCCCGAGGACAAGCGUCAAGAGCUCGACGAACUCGGCUUGCAGUUCAACGUGCCGGCGACGUGGGCGCCGAUCGUGGACGGCCUCCGGGCGUACGUGACGCGCGUCGGCGACGCCAACGUCCCAGAAGGUCAUCUGGAGCAAGUUGGCGGGGAGUCUCUGCGCCUGGGCUACUGGGUCGUCAAGCUUUGGCGCGCAAAAGAACUCCGCUUGCUCCCUGCCGACACAUUGGCCGAUGUCGUGUGGGCCGCGCCACCAACGGCAAUGCAACGGCUCGUCGCGCACAUCCCGCUCAAGCAACGGCUCGUCGUGCACAUCCCGCUCCAGCAACGGCUCGUCGCGCACAUUCCGCUCCAGCAGCGGGAUACGGUGCUUCACCGAGCUCAUCGGUGCGCAGAUCGGCGCGCAUCGCCACUCUUUUGCGCUCGCAACCUCUUCCCGGGCCAGAUCAGCUCUGACGGCAGUGUGAGUGCUUAUGAGUACGACGAGGACGACGACUCGGACGACGAGUACGACGACUCGGACGACGAGUACAACGACUCGGACGACGAGUACAACGACUCGGACGCCGACGCUGGUCGCGAGGCGGCGGCCGACACUGAAUCGGACGAGGAGUACAAGAACCCGGACGCUGAACCCGGACGCUGGUCGCGAGGCGGCGGCCGACACUGA